AUGGAAGCUCAUCCCCCUCCUUUGAAAAUUUACUUCGUACCCUUCGUGGCCGCUAGUCACAUUGUUUCACUCUUCGAACUCUGUCGUCUAUUCGCCUCACGUGGCCUGCACGUGACCAUCCUCACCACUCCUUCCACCACCCGCUUCCUUCACAAUUCCUUGCUCAAGGCUCACGCUGCUGGCCUUCGAAUCCAUGUCCACAACCUCAAGUUCCCUUCCCAGGAGGUUGGUCUCCCUGACGGCGUCGAGAAUCUCAUCGGCGUCGAGGACUUCGACGUUGCCGCCAAAGUGUACCAGGGAAUGCGCCUCCUCCGCCAUCAAAUGGAGCAGUUCAUGGAGCCAAACCCGCCCGACUGCAUCGUCGGCGACAUUUUUCACCCUUGGACCUCUGACUUCGCGAACCGAUUGGGAGUCCCACGGUUGUUGUUCGAUGGAUCCGGCUUGUUUGCCGCCUGUUUGUCGGAGUCAGUCUGGCGGCCUGACUCCCCGCACCGCUUUGUAAGCUCCAAAUCCGACCCGUUUCCCCUUCUGGGUCUUCCCCAUCCGAUCACCAUGACUUUUUCUCGGCUUCCAGACUACAUCCAAACUACGAACGGAGUAACCACCAUGAUGGAAUCGUUCAGAGACUCGGAACUGAAGUGCUAUGGCCGCAUCGUCAACAGCUUUGCAGAGCUCGAAGAGGAAUACAUUGAGCAUUACCGGAAAACCAUGGGGAAAACAGUCUGGCACGUGGGCCCCACUACCCUCCUGAACAGGUCAUCGGAGGACAAGGCGGAGAGGAACUUGAAGGCGGUGGUGAGCGAGGACGAGAUCCUGAGUUGGCUCAACUCGAAGCCACCAAACUCGGUGCUUUACGUCUGCUUCGGAAGCGCAGCCUACUUCACCGACGAACAGUUGCUCGAAAUAGCGAGUGCGAUGGAAUUCUCCGGCCACAAGUUCAUCUGGGUGGUUCACAGGAAAGACCGAACGGAGAGCGAAACUGAGGAAGACAGGCAGAAAUGGAUGCCGAGAGAGUUCGAAGAAAGAAUGAGGCGGGAAGACAGGGGAAUGGUCAUACGUGGAUGGGCCCCACAAACACUGAUACUGGACCACGCCGCCAUCGGAGGGUUCAUGACACACUGUGGGUGGAACUCGCUGAUGGAGGGGAUCUGUGCCGGAGUUCCGAUGAUUACGUGGCCGUUGCACAGCGAGCAGUUUUUCAAUGAGAAGCUUAUAACGCAGGUGCAUGGGAUUGGGGUGGAGGUGGGGGCAGAUAAUUGCGUCAUGAUCAUGGAGCAUGCCACGAAGAAUCUAGUGAAACGGCACAGCAUAGAGAGCGCUGUAAGGAAGUUAAUGGACGAUGGGGAUGAAACGGUGAAAAUGAGGAGGCGCGUUAGAGAGCUGGCAGAGAAGGCAAAGGCAGCAAUAGAAGAAGAUGGUGGGUCCUCACAAAUGAAUCUGACGGCUCUGAUUGAAGAUCUUCAAAGGCUGAAGUCUAUGAGAACAAAGGCUGGGAUUGAUCAUGAAUAG